AAUUGCAUAUCUUAUAAUUUUUUUCUUUUUUUGUUCUCAAACACUUUAAAAUCAACCAAUUAAAUCUUCAAUGGAGCUGCUAAGAUUACAUAAAUUGCUUAGCAUGCAUGGGGUCAAAAUAUCGACUCUUAAUACUGCCAAGCUUAGAGAUGGGUGUAAGUCUGCACAAGUGUAUGCCCUAAAUCCCGCCGGCAAUGGAGGUGGGGAUGGUGAUAAGCUCUUCCACCACCUUCAAAACCAUCUGAGAGUCAAUUCUAUUCGAUCCAAAUUGGGUCGAAAUUACCGAGUACCUAAUCUAACCUCUUCUGUUGCACCCGAAAUAUUACUUCCUUAUGGGUUGCCCGUCACUGAUCUCCUCGAACCCAAGAUUGAACCAUGUUUAAAAUCUGUUGAUUUUGUUGAAACUCUAGCUGAUGUGUGCCGUAGGCUUGAGGAUUGCCGCCAGUUUGAGAAAUCAGGAGUGUAUCUUGAGCAAUGUGGAAUUUUCCGUCGGUUGUCAGAACCUAAACUGUUUCGACGGGUCCUCAGAUCGGCUAGAGAGCGCGCGGUGGAUGUGCAUUCGAAGGUUGUGCCUGCAUCUUGGUUGAGGUUUGAGAGGAGGGACGAUGAGCUUAUUGGUACAUCCUCAAUGGAUUGUUGUGGAAGAAAUAUUGAGUGUCCUAAGGCUACCUUGGCAUCUCGGUAUGAUCCGGAAUCCACUUAUGAUCCUUGUAUGUGUUCUAGAACACAGCGAGGUGAACUUGAUGAUGAUGUUUUGAUGGGUAAGGAGGAAUGUUCUACUUCUCUUGGGGAUGGAGAUACGUCAUUUUGCUUUGGAGAUAAGGAGGUUAGGUGUAUACGGUCCAAAAUUGCGUUGUUAUCAAGACCAUUUAGCGCAAUGCUAUAUGGUGGUUUCAGGGAGUCUAAAAGGGAGAAGAUAAAUUUUGCACAGAAUGGUAUUCCGGCAGAAGGGAUGGGGGCUGUUGAGAUUUUUAGCAGGACAAGAAAAAUAGCUUCUUUUGACCCUCAAAUUGUCUUGGAGGUUCUUUCUUUUGCAAACAAAUUUUGUUGUGAGGAGUUGAAGUUUGCUUGUGACAUUCAUCUAGCAUCUUUGGUCAAUGACAUGGAGGAUGCCAUGUUGUUAAUUGAUUAUGGAUUGGUGGAAACUGCAUAUCUUCUCGUGGCAGCUUGCUUGCAGAUGUUUUUAAGGAAGCUCCCAAGUUUGAUGCAUAAUCCUAGUGUGAUGAAAUAUUUUUGUAGCUCAGAUGCUAGGCAAAGAUUGGCUCUAGUUGGGCAUGCUUCCCUUUUGUUGUAUUAUUUCUUGAGCCAGAUUGCAAUGGAUGAAGACAUGAAAUCAAACACCACUGUGAUGCUUCUAGAGAGGUUGACAGAGUGUGCAUCAGAGAGUUGGCAGAAACAACUAGCAUGUCACCAGCUAGGUGUUGUAAUGCUUGAGAGAAAAGAGUAGAAAGAUGCUCAGCACUGCUUCGAGGAAGCAGUUGAGGCAGGCCAUGUUUAUUCAGUAGUGGGUAUUGCAAGGUCCAAGUUCAAGCGUGACUACAAAUAUUCAGCUUACAAGCUCACAGAUACACUCGUUUCAGAUUAUAAACCAGUUGGGUGGAUGUAUCAGGAGCAUUCCUUGUACUGCAUUGGGAAGGACAAGAUGCUGGAUUUGGAAGUUGCUACUGAAUUGAAUCCAACCAUCAGUUCUCAAACUUUUAGCUUUGAUAUAUUUUGAUAACAUUUCUUUUAAGUUCCUAUAAUUUAUUCCCAUUCCAUUUUCUUUAUGUAAGAUUAGCUAGUUUCUGUCAUUCUAGGUUAUUACUGUGCUUUCCUUUUAAAUUGUAGUCUUAGAAUACCACUGUAAUAUGCCUCACAUUGUGUAUUCAGAACUAAAUUUGCAGGAACUAU